UACACAGCUACACUGACUUGGACCACUCAGAAAAGUUUCACAAAUCUUUCCGCCGUAUGAAAAAAUAUGCAAAUACGGGAGGACGAAUAUGCAAUUGUUUUAAAAGUAAAGGGAUACGCUAAAUGGGAGUAAAUUAGGUUUUUAUCAUUUGGGGAAAGAAUCAAGAACCCUGCUGUCGGCGGGGAGUUAAUCGACGGGACGAUGAGUACCCGGAAAGGUCCUCCAAAGCACCAGAACAAAUUCGCCUGGAAGCCCAAAGCCGGCGUUAAGAUCAAUGAAACCGAAGUAGGAGGGAAGUUCCGGCCGUAUUCAGAGGUCACAGGAGUAUGCACCAGAUGUAAAGAACAGAUUGAAUGGAAGCGCAAAUACGGCAAAUACAAACCCCUCACUGAGCCUGCUAAAUGGUUCUUCAAAAAAUUCCCUCCUUUUGAGUCCUUCUCUUUGUCUUUGAAAGAUUUUUUUAUUGCAUAUGUGUUCUUUAUUUGUGAUUAAUUUUGACUCUUGGUGUUUGUUUCCUUUGCUUCCUUUGUUCAGCCAAAAAUGUUCCAAACGGGCUGUUCGGCAAGCUUACCAUAAUCUCUGCACCGCUUGUGCGAAGGAGAAUAAUGUGUGUGCUAAGUGCUCGUGUCGAGUUGGGCAUAUUGUUGGAAGAGAUGUUUCAGAAGUUGAGGCUGAGCGGAAGAGACUAGAGGAGGCGAUCAAUAAUGCUAGGGAGAGAGAUAGGAGGACUCUAUUACGCACGAUGAACAAGGCAAAACCUCAGGGUCCUCCAAAAUUGCCAUCUAACGAGGACAGCAAGGUAGGAGACUUAUUUACGGCCUCAUCAAUUGAGGAAUAUGCCAAGGUUAGUCGACAUGGCCAUAAUGAUGAUUAUGAUGAGGAUGAUGAUGAUAUUAGUCAUCACGAGAAGGAAGAAGAAGAUGGUGAUGAUAAUAGUAUUGGCGAAGAAGAUGGUCAUGAUAAUAGUGAUGAUGAAGAAGAUGGCGAUGAUAAUAGUACGGGCGAAGGAGCUGAAGAUCCCAGUACUCACGUGAAGUAAAUUUUCAGGGCAAUUUUUGGCAUGAGCCCUAUGGCAGUAUGGCUCCAAGGCGUCGUUGUUUCAUGUUAAAAGGAGACUAGUCAUGUUUUACCGAGUAUUAGAUGUCAUGUUGAUUUUCGACUGUCCCAAUUUUGGUUAAAUGUAUUCAUGAUGUUGAUUAGUUUAUGCUACUAAGUUUUAACGGAAGGGUGGGCAGGUAAAAGAAUGAGAAUUUGUGCAGCAUUAUUCAAGGAUAUGAUGCACAUAACAGGAAUGAGCUUGAAGAAAAUGAGACAGCUUUUGGUUUCUGACCACAUUUUACCAUAUGCUUAAAAAUCUGUUAUAUCCUGGUUGUAAAGUGAAACUAACUGUUACAUGAUGUUCGAUUGUACUUCAGCAUACAUGCUUAUGGGCAAUUUUCUGCUUAAUUACUGAUGUAUAAGAAUGGUUGGAACAUCUCGUGAUUCAUGUACCAGAAAAAGUUCAACUAGUCCAGCACUAGAAAUAGACAAUGGAUUGAGUAGGUCAUAACCCAUGUGAAAUAAUGUACUACAAAAAAGCAAGUUUGUGAUGUUGUAAUUUGGAUGAUUGUUUACAAUAAUAACGAUUAGACGAG